AUGUAUUUUUUUAGUCCAGGCUCCAAUAAACUCCAAAAUCAGUUUGUGUUCCCCACUCUUUCUCCUCAAGGACUUCUUCAAAAUUCUCUACCAUCAAAAUUUGCGCUUGAAAUUUUAAACAAAGAAAACCAAUUAGAGAAAUCCUGAGAUCCCACUACCAUACAUGAGCUGAUUGAUAUAUAUAGUAAAGCAAUUGAAUUCUAUGAGCUUCAUAAUGAUACGCGAUUUUAUGAUUAUCAAUUGAAAAUACGUAACCUUUUAAUGAAACCUCAAGUAAUCAAGGCUCUUCAAAAUGAACCUGAUCCAGAUCAAGUAAAAAUUCCAGAGAUAAAGCCUUCAGAGUCAGAAGAAAUGCCUAAAAAAAUAGAAACUGCUGAAAGCAAUAAGGAAAAAAUAGAAAAUGAGGAUAAUGAACUUCCAGCACUAACUGUGAAGGAAAAUCGCAUAGUUAAGAAAAUCCUCAGCAACCAAAAACAACUCACUCAUAGCACCUCAAGUAAAGCUCUUACUGACAUAAAAUCCCAAAAUAGCGACUUAGAGGUCCGUCUUGCUUCAAGAAAGUUCAAGCAUACCACUCUAAAUUCAUCAUUCAGAAAAAAUUCAAAUGAUUUCAGCAUUUCUAUGACAGAAAACCUCUCCACAGCUGAAAGCAUUGAUAGGCAUAUAAAAACAGAGCCUGAUGAAGAAGAAAGUGAAACCAUCGAUUUCUCAGGAUUUUUUAAUAUUUCAAAUUCUUCUAGUGAAGUUGAAAAAAGACUUGAAAAUAUUAUGGAAAAAUAUAUUACAGAAAAAGUUAUAGUUAAUUAGGAAAAUAUUUUUAUUUUCAAAAUAAUUUUUGAUAAAUGACUUAUUUAUUGUAAAUAUUAUAAUAGAAUAUCAGAAGUCACUGUUGAUUACAAAUUACAGAUGAAAGAGCUAGAAGACCAAGGAGGGAUUAUGAAGCAAGUGUUAGAGCAGAUGAAAGUAAAUAUGCAAGAAGAAAUAAAAAUGAUAACCGAAGAACUAGACGCACAAAAAGCAAAAGAAAUUGAAGAACUCAAAAGGGAAUUAUUUAUACAAAUGUAA